AGCGUUUUGCACAUGGCCAUCGUCAACGAAGAUCCGGCCAUGGUGAAGGUACUGAUGGACAGCGGGGCUAACCUCAACGAACGGUGUUUCGGGAACUUCAUGAGCACUGAAGAUCAAAAGGCUUCUAGAUCGGAUUCGCUCGACCACGAAUGGGUGAACCUAUGUCCCGACACCAAUUACGAAGGGUACGUGUAUUGGGGCGAAUAUCCACUGUCAUUUGCAGCGUGUCUCGGCCAAGAGGAGAGCUACCGUUUGAUGUUGGCGAGAGGCGCUGACCCAAAUAACCAGGACACCAACGGCAACACGGUUCUGCAUAUGCUUGUAAUUUACGAAAAAAUU